CGCCCCUUCUCGCCCGCCGCCGCCGCAGUGGUCGGGCGCGUGUGCGCAGGGCCGCUCCCCCCUCCCCUCCGCCGCCCCGGCCCCGGCCGCGGCCCCCGCCCCCUCCCCGCUCUCGCCAGCCCCCGCCGCGGCCAUGGCCGACGAGCUGGACUUCACCACGGGCGACGCCGGCGCCUCCUUCACCUACCCCAUGCAGUGCUCGGCGCUGCGGAAGAACGGCUUCGUGGUGCUCAAGGGGCGCCCCUGCAAGAUCGUCGAGAUGUCCACCUCCAAGACGGGCAAGCACGGCCACGCCAAGGUCCACUUGGUUGGUAUCGAUAUCUUCACUGGUAAAAAAUAUGAAGAUAUUUGCCCAUCAACUCAUAACAUGGAUGUUCCAAAUAUUAAGAGGAAUGAUUAUCAACUGAUUGGUAUUCAGGAUGGGUAUCUCUCCCUGCUGACAGAAAGCGGUGAAGUUCGUGAGGAUCUAAAGUUGCCAGAAGGUGAUCUUGGCAAAGAAAUAGAAGGAAAAUUCAAUGCCGGUGAAGAUGUGCAGAUAUCUGUCAUAAGUGCAAUGAAUGAAGAAUGUGCUGUAGCCAUAAAGCCUUGCAAAUAAAGAGGAUCGCCAGGCUCGGGCAACUGCUCAGGUCUGGACAAAUCACAGAUCUUUAAAUUUGGUUCUGAUUGUCACCAAAGCUCUGGCCUUCACAAGCAACCUCAUUUCUUUUUUGAAUUGUUAAAAAGCAGUGCUGGAUUCUGGAUUAGUGUUGCAGGCUAACUGGCAGUUUUCAAAAUCACUGAGAUUUUAAUUCCUUAAUUGUAACUAUUUUAACAUUCCUGUGGGUUUCAGCUAUGGAUCUGAGAAACCAAUCAGGUGUUACUAGUGGAUAUAUUUUUAUUUGCUUGAGCAAAACAGUGUUUGUCUGUAUGAACAGACAAAAUACAGUAUUCAGGGGCUUUUAGAUAAGCUAGUAGGUAUCUAGGAUUAUAAAGUGACCUAGAGCACAAAUAGUAUUUUUCUUGACAUAUUUACAUAGAACUGACAAUAAAAGUAGCAUUUUUUUUUAAGCUUAAGUAUUUUGUGCAUUGGGACUCUUGCAGAACUGUAGGUGCCAAUCACAAGUUUUAGACCAGGAAACUCAAGUGAUCAAAAAUGCCAGCUGGCUUGACAAAGCCCCCGUGGCCAUGUGCAACUUAACUGUAUUACCUCUCUAAUUUCUUUGCCAAUUUGUUGGCUUAUUGUAAUGUUAAAAUGGUGUCAAAGCCUACCUUCAGUUUAGGCAGGCAAUUGGAAUAUUGGGUAGAUAUGCUAUAGGUAGGUUAAGGGGACACAAAGGUGAGAUGGAUGUUAAAGCUAUAGACUUUCACUCGAGGCCUUUGUCAGACUUGAAAAAUAAAAACAGAAAAAUGCAGUUCAAUUGCUUUCCUCUAUUGUAUUAACUUAAACUAUAAAAGGGUGACAAAAUCCAUGGGAAUCUGUUGCAGUGCUUCCAGCUUUAGGUUUUAAUCUUCAGGUUCAGAUCAUAUUUUUGUAGCACAAGGACCAGGUGUUUUUCAAAAAGUGGGACAAAUUGUAGCAUUGAGCCUAAAGUAAAUGCAUGUGAUACUUUUUGAAAAGUAAAACAAAACCAUAGUAUCUUCAAAAUGUAGACUUGACAGACAAUACUGAACAACCAUGGCUUAAUUACAGAAGUAAAUGCUCCAUAGUUUAGAAAACUAGCUCCUAUCCAUAGGAGUUCGAGUCAUUAAAACACACAUGCAUGCCUCUAACUUGUUAGCAGCAAACAAAGCUUUAAAGAACUAGUCGCAGAAGGAUAACUAGUCUAUUCCUGUUUAUGGUGUUCCACUGGAAUUCUAAUAGUGUCUCUUAAGGGAGGAACUUCUUAGCCCAUGGCUCAAACCUCUCUUCACAGUUCAUAAAUUGAAUUGUUGCAUAAACUUGCCUUAAGCUUCAGUAGCUAUUGUCUAAUUGAGGACAACUUGUAAAUGCUUGGCAUACUGCCCUGGACAGCAUGGACACUUCAUACUCUGUUGGCAGUGAGAGUCAGACUUCAUGCUACUGUUAACUACUUAAAAUGUUUUGAGCUUAAUAGUAUGUACUCUCUAAUUCCCAAAGGGCUCUUGGCAACUCUCCUGAUGUGCCCUUGUACCUACUGUGUUAGGGCUUAGCAAAUCUUGGAGGUCUAAUGUAGGUGGCAAAAAUGUGCAUUUUUCCAUAGCCUUCUCGUGACAGGGAGAGGAGCACAAUGAAGGUAAAGACAGCAAUAAAUACACUCGGGUAAUCAAGCACAGUUACCUGUGAAACCUGGCAGAAGUAGGAUACUGCUGCAUGCUCUUGCCUAGCACAGCAGGCAUUGUAGGUGAACUCUAUAAAACGCAUCUUGACUGAAAUGACAAAACUGCUUUUAAAAAGGCUGUAGAUGCACAAGAUUGGAAUGCAUUCAGAAUAGUCUUGGAGCGCAUGCCUAGUAGUUUAAGCUAAUCUGCACUAGCUCCUUUUGGCCUCUCCAUCAUACUGAUAUCUAAAGACAGGCUUUGUUUGGUUUGGAGAUGACUGAAACCAUUGAUGAUGGUGUUAAUGAUGUCCAAUGGGAAGUCUUAGGCUGCUAUAUCAAACUUAACGCAAGUUCUAGAUUCUAUCACUAUAUUGAAAAUACUUCUAAAAUGCUUGAAAAUGGUAAGACUUGGAUUUCGUCCGCUUUCAUGUGACCGUCCUCUAGAACAUGUGUUGGAGUCAGGUAUUUGAUGCCACUGGCCCACAGUCUAAGCAUUUACUUGGUCUAAGUUCUUUAGGACAAGGGCUGUUUUUUGUACAGUUUCUACAGUAGGGUCCUGGUCUGCCUGGUAUUUUCAGGUACUACAGCAAUCUAAAGAUACAGGUUUUAUGACCUCCAGCUUGUUGGAAGAGCCCUUCUUGGGAUUUAAAGAUGUUCUUCUAUUCCUACCUUCAGUUCUGCAAGAUUUAGAUGGUUCAGUACUUCAAUAUAGGUUUGUUCUGAUUAUAUACUUGUCUUUUGUGAAGCAUUUCAAAUGCUGUGGAAAUGCAGAGCACUGGCUCAUCAUGCAUGGAGUUUCCCAUAGGUAGUACAUAAACCUGUGGUUUAGCAUGAGUCUUAAGCAUAAUCUCCAAGUUUCAGUAAGAAGUUGCUUCUAAAUUAGAGCAAAUAUUUGAGCCAUUAUUUUUCAAAGAAAGAUGUUUCAGUUUACUGUCAGAAUCAUUUGCAACAAACUGUUGUUAUCAGUAGUCCGUAUAAGUGCAUAUUUUUAAGAUCCCUAUCAAACGUUUAGGGAAAUCCUACCCUCAGAGCUUUACAUUAAAACAAACCUUAUCCAUCUACUUGUUUUGUAGCACUAUCGUAACACUUUAAGCUGUGUCAAAACUGAAGACUACAAACUUCUAGUAGCUGAUGCAAUUGCUUAAUAUAAAGGCUGUGAAAACUAGGAGAUGAAGAAAAGUAUUUCCACUCCUAAUUUUGGGGGUUUUUUUGUUUUUUUGUUUUUUUUUUUUUAUGGCUCCAAUUCGGUGAGUUAUUCUUAUUACUUAACAGAAUUGGGAAGACUGCAGUGUUUCCUGCCUCAAAUGUUGGCAAAUAAUAUUUCAAGAUUUCAGUAGAUCCUUCUAAUUUUUGCUUAUAAUGGUGGUUUUUCAACUAGGCUCUUGCUAGUUGAGCCAUGUUCUCAGGGCUGUUUUUUUUCUUUUUUUUAAAAGAAGUUGGCUGAAUUUCAUUAUUUUAAUGUAACUGCUUUCAAUCCUCUUGCAGGUUUUUCUAAUCCAUAAUGUACCCAAAACGGUGCACAGUCUGUAGUUUCACAAUACAGGUUAUUUUACAUAAUCUAAAGAAGUCAAUUUGUUGACAGUUCAAACUUAUGGUUACUGCAGGUCAGUCUUACGGAAUUCAAAAGCCAAUAAACCUGACUUUUUUUGGUUGAGUAAUUAGAAUGUAGUUCGUUACAGUAGAAGUAAACUUCAGGAAAAAAAAAAAAAACUUGUUGAGGAUGUUUUGAGUAUCUCAACUACCCGCUGGGGGUUUUAAUGAAGGCAUAGCUCUUGGAGGCGUUGCGCGGGGUGCGUGGUGGCGCGUUUGGCACGGUGCACCAAGAGCGUCACGAGUCUCUUUAACAUCUGCAGUCUAGCCCUAAAGUAUUUGGCAUCUGAGAGGAACUCAGUUUGUGAACUUAACGCUUAGUUAAACUAAAUGUUUGCUGUAUAUUACUGUAUCACAGAUACCCCCUGUUCUCAGUCAUCUUUCGUUGUGUUGUAAACAUAACCAUUAUUCAGUGUAUCUUGGAAAAUGUUGGGGGAAGGAGGAGUGAUGCUGGUGAGUGACUUAACUGAUCAUAGCGAAAAACCCUGUAACUGUGAUCUGAAAGUCAGCAGUAGGCCUGCUGGUUGUUGACCGGAAGGUUUUGAAUGUUUAUGUAUUUUAAAGAUAUGUUUUUAACACCAUUAAAGACAAUAAUUUGAAAGGUAAACAUGUCUGUUUCACACUUAAAUAAUAAAAAUCUCAGUGUUGCAGAGAGUCAAGUGAUGUUUAAGGUUACAUGGAUUGCUGAAGAGAAUCUGUGACAUUUAUGUGAAGCUGAUGAAUGGUUUUAUAAGAUGUUUGUGAACUUUGGCUCUUUACUUACAAUAAGGAAAAAAAUAGUUAGACUUUAGGUCCGUUCUCUAAGUAUUUUCUUCCUUUGUUACUGUUAGCAAAUACCUGUGUACUUUCCAGAUGAAAAACACUUUAAAGCUAGAAAAGCUUGUCAUAGAAUUUGUAUGGGGGGGGGGGAAAUGCUUACAUUCCUGUCAAAAAGAAAUAAAAUUUAGGGAAAAAAAAAUAAAAAGGUGACUCAUUGAUGCGA